AUGGCGAAACUCGCCGGUCCCGGCGUCGCGGACGCGGGGUACUUCGGCUUCGCGUCCGCGACCGGCGGCGACCGCGCGGACCUCGGCGUUUCCGCGGGCGCGGACCUCGCGGAGCCGAUCGCGACGCGGAACCGAACGUUCGCGUCGCAGUUCGCGCGACGAUGCAAGAACGCGGAGGCGGCGGUCGACGCGAGCGCGGACGCGAUGCGCGGGCGGGUUCUGAACUCCGUGAUCAUGGCGGACGCGGACGCGCAGAGCGAGAUCCCCGCGCUGGAUCGCGCGCUGACGGCGACGCGCGACGCGGCGACGCGCGCGAUGGAGGUGCACGCGGAUCGCGCGGCGCAGAUUCCGGCGCUGCGCGUCCGGCUCCUCGAGGCGUGCGCGGAGAAGAAGCUGCUCAUGGAGAGAAAGUACCUCGCGGAGGACGGGCCGGCGGAGAGCAGGAUGGCGUCCGAGGUGAAGGCGAUCAUGGACGGCAAGAGCAAGCGGCGGGGAUGACUGACGACGCGUAGGCAUAGGGCUACUAGACGAUCGAUCGACUCGACUCGACGUGAGUGCGUGAGAAAUAGAAUAUUUAUCAUAAUUAGGGCGUCCAUCC